CAAAAAUAUGCCAAAGCUCAAAAUCUCAUGCCGUCUAUAAGUUUCAUCAUAACCAAAUGGAUCCUGAUAAUAGUAUUUCUAUGUAUCACCCUUCUAGUCUUAAUAGUCGGCAUAAUCAACAUAAUUUUCGGAAUACAAUUGAUUCAUGAAGUCUCUCGCUAUGAUCGAACCAACGGAGCUAUGAUAGUAGCAUGGGGCGUUUUCAAUAUCCUUUAUUCUUUGGCAAUGUAUUACUUAAUCAGCAAAAAAUCGCCGGAAUAUUGGAUUGAACUUCUCCUAGCUGUUAGUAUAGUUCUACUAACGUGGCAAAUGAUUUUUGGAACUGCUGGAAUUAGAAUUGGACCACAAGUGAAGAACAAAAAUAUUAUUCAUUAUUUGACGCAUCUUUAUAAAAGCAACAACAGUUAUGCGCUUAAGAUUUUGGACAAUGUACAUCAAUUCUACCAAUGCUGCGGCUUAUUUGAUAAUCGUACUUUUAUUUACGUCGAUAAUGGCACAGUACUUUGGAGUUGUUGCGAAAAAACUGAAAAUUCUGAAGUUUGUUUAGUGGAUGCAGGAGCUUUCAAAUUGGGCUGUGAACAACCAGUGAUUGCCUGGCACGGCAAGAAGUUUCAUUUUCUCGGCAGUUUAUGGAUUUACGUUUCUGUGCUUUAUUUUAUAAUGAUUUGUAUGGCGUUUUAUUUUAAGAAAUUUUACACCCACAGACCGUCAGAUUAUUAUUAAACUCACCAAAUAUCUCAUUUUGCACUAAAACUAUGUUGUUACAACUACGUAAUAAAAGAUACUAAACUUAAAUCUAUGUAGUGACAUUGCAAAUUUUCUUGAGAAAGGUGUGCCGCCUAUAUGUAUUUGAAUAAAUUGCAAUUUGCCGGCCUUCAAUGUGCCUCAUUUUUACCAAUUAUUCUAACUAAUACGCAAUAGAAUUAUGAUUACAGGAAUUGAUUUUUUGAUAAAAAUGUUUACAUAAUUCCUGUUGCGUCACAGACAUGAUGGAAAAAUGGAAAAGUUAUUCCAGGAUUCAGGGCGUAUCGCGCAAGCUUUUAUCGAUUUUCAGGCAAAGAAGUUGUGGUUCGUGUUUGUAUAUCAACUCCUUUUUAGAGGAUUGAUAUAAAACAUGAACGCAGUCUUCUUUUUAUUAAUUCUACCCCUUUCCGGGGUAGUGUGCUAUUUACCCGGUGACAAAUUAUUUCAGGAUAAUUUAUUGUCUGGGCUAUUCCUUCGAGGGUUGGUAAAUCGUAUCAAUGGUAAACAAGACGCAGCUGGCGAUAUUUCCUAUUUGGAUUUGACCGAUGGCUUGCCUUUGGACACAAGGGCUUUGGCCAGAGAUUUAGAGGAGGAACAAUUGUUUCCUUUGGAUUAUGAUAGUUUAGGAGACGUCAACAUGUACCCCAGUAUCAGAGACCAAGAAUACAUGCAACACAGCAGUUUGUGGGGCAACCAGUACAUAUCAGGCGGCGCAGGCGACGGCAACCAAAUCCUAGGACCAGGCCUGAAAAUAACCAAGCAAGAAAUCAAAACCGACGCCUCGUUGCCGGCCUACUGCAACCCGCCCAAUCCUUGUCCAGUGGGCUACACCGAAGACCAAGGAUGUUUGGAAGAUUUCGAAAACACAGCUUCGUUCAGCAGAAGUUACCAAGCGUUGCAGGAUUGCAUGUGCGAUACUGAGCACAUGUUCGAUUGUCCUAGCAAUGGAAAUUCUGACUCUAUGGAUAUUGCUAGGGUGGAUUUUGGGAGAUUGCUUCAGCAAUCUUUGAAGCAAGGUUUUCCUCAGAAGAAUUUGGUGGCUAAAAAGUAUCAUCAUGAACAAAGUCCGAGAACGAAUCCGUUUUUGAUGGGGGAAAAGUUACCUGUAGCUGCCAAGAAGGGUAACAAUAUGUUCUAGUUGGAGAAAGGAUGGAAUUUAAUAUCAUUGACUUUUGGCUACGAACUAAGGUUAAUUCUAUAUUUAUAAGUCAAAGACAUUUUUAAGUAGAUUAUAAUAAUAUACUCACAUAAAUAAAUGCGUGUAAGUGAGUGUAAAAACAAUUAUUACACUCGAUUUUUGGCAAAAAUAAAACCAUAUUUUCCUUGAAUUUUCCCCUAAAUUAUAGCAAUUUAGGAGAUUAUAUGUGACGAUGAAGGCCCUAUUUAAUUUUUUUGAAACGGGAGAAAUUCGCAAAUCCAGUCUUAAAGUGAAUUUUUCCUAAGUUUCCAAAUGAAAAAAUUAAAUUCAACCAAACACUGACUAUUAUAAUACAAAAUAGUUUUAAUGGUGGACUAUUAAUAAAAGUUUAAUUAGAGUUUAAUUAUUAAAUAAUAAAUGUUAUAUCUUAAUUA